CAAAUGUGCAACGGUUGCCCCACCCCCACUAUAGCAUGACGAUUGCUCAACGUUCUGAGCGCCCCCGCGGCAGCGCUUUUUUUUUGUAGCAAAGUGCAAGCUGUUGAUCAAGAGCUAUCUACCUACGCAUCCUACCAGUCUGAUUCCUGGACACCCUACACUCUUGAAACCGGCGACCAUGGCACCUAAGGCAAUCAUCGCACCGUCCAUCCUCUCGGCUGACUUCGCGCAGCUGGGGGCGGACUGCAGAAGGACGAUGGAGCAGGGCGCCGACUGGCUCCAUGUCGAUAUUAUGGACGGCCACUUCGUACCCAACAUCACCUUUGGCGCGCCCGUCGUCGCCAAGAUCCGGAAACACGUCGACCGACCGACCGAGAGCCACGGCCGGGGCACGUUUGACUGUCAUAUGAUGAUUGCAGAGCCCAAGAAAUGGGUCAAGGAGUUCAAGAAUGCCGGCUGCGAUCUCUACUGCUUCCACUACGAGGCCGCCUUCUCGAGUAACGCCGAGAGCCCCGAGGGCAAGUCGGACGAAAAGACCAACCCCAAGGACCUGAUCCGAUAUAUCCACAGCUUAGGUUUGCUGGCCGGCAUCGCGUUGAAGCCCAUGACGGGGGUGGAGGUGUUGACGGAGUUGCUCGAGAGCGAGGACGAAAUGGAGCGGCCUGAUAUGGUCCUCAUCAUGACGGUCGAGCCCGGCUUCGGCGGACAAAAGUUCAUGGCCUCGGAGCUACCCAAGGUCCAGGAGCUACGGAAGAAGUAUCCGGAGCUGAACAUCGAGGUGGAUGGCGGGUUGGGCCCUGGUACGAUUGACCAGGCGGCGGAUGCGGGUGCCAAUGUCAUUGUGGCUGGGAGUGCGGUGUUUGGCGCUAAGGACCCGGCAGCGGUCAUCUCGGUGUUGAGGAGUUCGGUCAACUCAAUAUCGGGGAACCUGUAGCUAUGUUACGAGGAGAAGCGGUCUUGCUAAUUAUUUGGGACGAUUAUGAAAGAGAAUGCGGGCUCUAAGUGAAUUAGUGAAAACUUCUGGCUUAUGAUGACCCCUGAUAUUGAGAUGCGGCUUGGUAGCUGUGUUUGGCCACGACUCAAAAGUAAUGACUUCGACGGAUUGCAGCUGGUAGCCAGUUAUAACCCCAGAUAGAGGCAUUUGUCUCAAACGAGAUAUUCGUCUCCUCGGAGCAUCUCAUCGGUUGCCUCAACUCGUCGCUAGAUGAAGACUAAAGCAGGGUAUCUCUAGGUUUGUUAUCCUCAGGUAAGACUUACAAAGAAAGAUACCAAGAGCAUACCUUGUAUCCGGGAGGUUAGUCCCUAAUGUGGCUGGCUACGAUGCAUCAUCAUCAUUGAGAGCUUACACCACUUACACGGUAACCUCUGAGUUCUC